GGUAACAGUAAACAGGUAACAGCAUCGUGAGUUCCUCCACUGAAACUCAACCGGCACCGAAGUUACCUCAACAGACGGUGUCCUCUGCAGCAGUUUGUGUCUAACCAAACCAUGAUACAAAAGGAAAUGUCCUCCUGAAGUAUGAGCGUCGAUGUCAACACGGAGACCACCAGGUCUGGACAGGCUGUUCAGGGUCCGGAGGGACAGGGAGUCUUUGCACUGUGUCCAGAUGAAGUUACACGUGCUGAGGUCAAAGUUUGCCGUGGUUCGGUCAGCCUACCUGUUCUCAACCCAGACAGAAUGAGGGCAGCCAAGGCGUUUGCAGAUAAAGCUGUCAAGAUGCAUAAGGUGUUCUCUGUCCAGGGUCCUUACCCUGUCAUCAGGGCGGCAUUGAGGGCUAGAGGUUGGGUUGAGCGACGUAAGCACUCCUCUAAACAGCCACUACACCAUCGUCAGGCCGAAGACAGCAGAGCCAGCUCGAAUGAUGGUGAUGACAGCGACGAUUCAGACGGUGAGCUCGAAGAAUACAACUCAGACGAUGUUGAAAAAGAUCAGGACCCUAGCAGACUACAUGAUAUCAUGUCUCGCAUGGUACGGAAUGAAAUGGUUUAUUUCUUCUGGACAAGCCGUAGAGAAGCCAUCAACAAUAACAACUUGCAGAAAGAACAGAUCACCAAUCAUUUCACAAAGGCAGGCAGCUUCACCACCAAGGUGGGAUUGUGCGUGAACCUGAGAAACCUGCAUUGGUUUGAUUCGGCUGACCCGGACACCUUCUUCCCCCGCUGUUACAGACUAGCAGCACGGGAUGAGAAGCAUGCAUUCAUUGAGGACUACAGGAGGACAGCCUGCAUUAGCCUUCUGAAGUACAUCGUGGAGAGGGAUCAGGGUGUUCCUAGACAGGAAAUAAGCCACAUCAUUAAGACUGUUCGGGGCCAGAGGAAGCAAAGCAAACGGCGGAGUACACCAGUGGUCCUUCCUCAAAUGAUCAGCAUCGCACUCAAAGUGUGCCAGGAUUUCCUUGAGAGUCGGGAGCACACCGACAUAGACAUAAGCUUGGAGACGCCGCAAACACUUAAAGAAGAGGAGUGGGCAGAGUUUAUUGACAGCUACUACCUCGUUGUUCAUGGUGGAGCUGAGAUUGGGAGCGGCGACCAUUCUGUGUCCUGCUGCAAGGCCAUGCUGCAGAGACUGCGGGAGGUCAGUCCACAGCUGGACAUAGACGGCAUACACAACAUCUGGAUCAUCAAACCUGGAGCAAUGUCCAGAGGCAGAGGCAUCAAAUGCUUCAAGCGUCUAGAUCAGAUCCUCAGGCUGGUGGACCACGACCCGACCCUUAUAAAGGAAAGCAAGUGGGUGGUGCAGAAGUACCUGGAGCGCCCCAUGCUGGUCCAUGGCACCAAGUUUGACGUGCGCCAGUGGUUUCUGGUCACUGACUGGAACCCUCUGACUGUGUGGUUCUACAAAAAGUGCUACUUGCGCUUUUCCACACAGCCUUACUCGCUGGACACACUGGACAGCUCUGUUCACUUGUGUAAUAACUCUAUCCAGAAGCACCUGAGGCCCUCCCAACGACGCCAUCGAGGCAUCCCGGCAGACAACAUGUGGUCGGAUGACCAGUUCAGGACCUUUCUGUCCAGCCAGGGGCAGGAAGCUCAGUGGGAGACUGUUGUAGUCCCAGAAAUGAAGAAGGCUGUGAUCCACGCGUUACAGACAGCACAGGAUCUGAUGGACUCACGCAAAAACACAUUUGAACUGUAUGGUGCUGAUUUUAUGUUAGGUUGUGAUCUUCAUCCAUGGUUAAUAGAAAUCAAUGCCAGCCCCACGAUGGCCCCCUCCACCCCUGUGACAGCCCGACUCUGUUAUGCUGUGCAGGAGGACACAUUAAGAGUCGUCCUCGAUCGGAGAGUUGAUCGCACCGCAAGCACCGGAGACUUUCAGCUCAUAUAUAGACAGGCAGCAGUAGAAGUCCCUCAGUAUGUAGGAGUCAACCUGCUUGUUGAGGGAUACGCAAUCAAAUGCCCCUGCCCACUGCCACCACUGAGGUCCUCCAACUGUGCCGCAUCAAAACCCAGGGUCCCUGUCGAAAAGAAGGAUCCCGAAGCUAAAAAAGUAAAGCCGCUGCCCAAGAGGUUUUUGAAGAAUGCAGAGACUCAGCCUAAAAACACCAGCAGUGGGGUUCUGCCACCUCCUCCUGUUUCCUCCGAGCAGCCCGGGCUCAUGUCCACUCAAACAUUCACACUUUACCUGCCAAUGAGUGUGAACAAGUCCAUCCACACACCUGCUAGUCGCCAGUCACACUCGCCGCUUUUGUGGAAGAGGAGAGCAGAGGUACCGAAGGUGCGCCCUGAGAAAGUCUAACUUCUUUGCUCUACAAGUGCCAAGAAAAAAAGUACAAAUGGAGGUUGUUCCCCAAAGAACUGACACACAUCUUUUUUACAAGCUAUCUUGAUCUACCUCUCA